GAGGAAGGAGGUGUGUUUAAUGACAUUCACAUGAUGAGAAACUACAUGUGAUUAACAGGAAAAGCGUGAAGUAUUGCGGGAUGUUUUACAUCCACCAUUCUACCACCAACUCAAGGAGCUGAGACCUCAAUUUAAUGUCUCUUCUGAAAGACAACACACUCAGGAGUGCAGCACCCCUUUAUGGUGCACUGGAGAGUCAGCAAUCGGUCUACUUGGUAUGGAAAUGGAAACCAAAGCCUUCUGCACCAAAAGGAUUAUUUUCAUAUUCAGCUAGCUGAUGAUAAGAAAGGUCGAAGAUACCUGGAGCUGGUGCACGCAGGGGCAGAGCUACAUGACGAUUGGGUGCUUGCUGAUGUGGGUGUGACACCAUGUUCUACUAUCAAAUGUAUUCUAAAGGAAGAAGAGAAACCAAUCUUGCGUAUAUACAAUGUUGUAACAAGAGAGACGGUCCCUAUUAUGGGGAAUAUAUUUCUCCUGACUUCAACUGUAGCUGACCUAAAGACACUGGUGUCUCUCAAAUGUGGAUUUCCAGUUAGUGUCUUCCGCCUUAGUACUCCGUGGGGAAAAGAACUGUAUAACUGCAACAAGCUGGAGGAUUACAAUAUUGAUGUAGGGUCUUCUCUUCGCCUGGAUGUUUGGAAUGGAUGGAAGGAGUUCUUAAAUGGCUGCCACCUAGGACACAGACAUACAGUACAGCUGUAUCUGUCAGAGAAAGAACCAGUAGCCAAGUUUCAGAAGAGAGUAGCACUGUACAUAGCAGCAUUUUUUGGCCAUCUUGAUUUGACUGACUGGCUGCUAAUGAAUGGCACGCGGCCUGAAGAACCAGUUGGUGUUCACCCUUAUCGAGAAUGGUGCCAAGAAACUGACCACCCUGAUGUAAACAAGUGCCCAGUGCAUGCAGCUGCUGAAACAGGUCAGCUUCUAACCUUGAAGGCAUUUGUCAACAACAAUAUCCUGUGCCUCGAAUGCCGGAAUUUACAGGGUCUCACCCCACUUAAAAUAUGUGUUAAGCAUAAGCAUGUUGAAUGUGUUUUGUAUUUUGCCACAAAAAUGUGGUCUGUAGUUACCUGCAAUGGCAUUUCACUUCCUGUAAGAGUACUUGUCAAAACUAAACAGUGGCUUGUCAAAGCUCGAAUACGUCUACUUGUCAAAAAUCGGUUUACACAGUCAUCAGUGUUCAGGACCAGAGUUGGAGAUUUGGUGUUAAUUGAUGGUUUUAUGCAUCCUGAAAUGACUUCCAAACCAAACUCCAAAGUCAUGAAAAAUGGGGGAAUCAGUAAAAGUUGUAUACUGCCUGCAGUAACAGGACAUGAUAAGCUAAAUAAGAAAGAUGCUAUAAAUAUGAAGAAAUGGCAUCAGAGUUUGCCAAAUUUAAAGUUACCAUCAAUAGAAAAGGAUAAUGCAGCAACCAAAAAUGCUGGAGUACAGCAUACAGAGAAGGAAAAACAGUUGUCAGCAUUGCCCAUAAAAUGUGAAAGCAUGAACAAAAAUAUAUGGAAAACUAAAGUACCACUUCCUCCCAUCUCUAAAGACACUAACCCAAGACCACAGUUUUAUUACACUGCACCAAAUGCAUCCUUCAUCUUGACCUCAUCAUUGGAGUCAUUUUCACAUCACAGUGGAAGAACCCCAAGAGAGAAUGCCAUUUACUGCUUAGCUCUUGCAAGUGCCUUUAAAGAGAAGCCCUGGCUGCAACAGUUGGAAGUGGCAAGAUGUCUGGCUAGAAAGACAGUUUUGAAACCCAUGUCCUAAAAAGAGUAGACUAUCCAAGGUCCAGUUCAAAUGCAAUGGCAUCACACACAGGAGAGGUAUAUCUCUGCCAUAAGGAAAACACCUCAAAGAAAAAAAAAGAAGUCAUUUUACAGAAAAUGUACUGUUUGUUCCUUCUUAUGAUACAGACACAGAUUAUUCAAAAUAAAUUCAGCAAUGUUUAA